AUGUCAUCCGACAACCUCAUUACCUACCGCGGGAACUGCCAUUGCGGACAAGUCAAAUUCACUGCUGCCUUGCGAGACAUCCGAACAUACCCCAUCAUCCGCUGCAACUGCUCCAUCUGCACCAAGAACGGCUAUCUGCUGGUUUACCCCAAGCGCGAAAACGUCAAGUUCAUUUCAGGCGAGGACUCUCUCUCGGACUACCUCUUUGCGACAAAGACCAAGCCGCACAGGUUUUGCAGAAAUUGCGGGACAAGUAUUCUUAUCGACUUUGAGAAAGCCGACGUCGAGGCUCUGAGGUCAAUUUUUGCUGUCAACUUGAGGACAUUCGUGGACAUUGAAGACGUUAUGAACGAGCUGCAGUUCCGGGAUGUUGACGGCAAAAGCAAAUGUAACCCGCCUUAUCAAGUGCCGUUUUGA